AGUCAUAAAAAUGGACCGGGUUCAUUAUACGGAAGAUGCUCCGCCGAUGACCGUAUAAUCAAAACUCCAGUCACCCAAAUUUUUAAUCAAUUUUGGCACCAAUACUGGUCGACUCUAUCAAUUCCAACCCAAUUUCCCCCAAUUUUUCAUCAAAUCAAUUUCUCAAUCAAAUCAAACCAAAUUAUCCCUUCUUCUUGUAAUUGAUCUUCAACAAGUUUCACACUUCACUUAUUCGGAUCCUCAAUUUACACCCGGAUUCAAUCGUUUAUCGAUCCGAACCCUAAUUAAGGUUCAAUUUUGAUCAAUUCAUCUGCAAUCGGAUGGUUACAAGAUGAGGCAUUAGCUCUAAUUUCAAUAAUUUGAAGAAAUUGAAUCAGUUUUCGAGGUUUUUGAAUGAGGAUGGGAUUGCAGUCUUCUGGGUGAAUUAGUAUGCGGUUUUGAUUGGAAUUGUUGAUUGAUUGGUGGAGGAGAGAGAAAGAGAGGAGGAUGAUUGAAUUCUGCAAUUAGACUAUUUGUGAAGAAGAUUAAUCAGUGGUUUCUAUGGAUGAAGUCAACCAUAGAGAUGGCGGCGAGUUUUCGAAUGAGUUGCCGUCGUCUUCGCCAUCGUUUGCUUCGGGGUUUUGCCCCCGUCAGCUGGCGUUUCGUCCCUAUAUAUUUUCCCAGGAAACGAGUAACAAGUCUAAACCUUUGAGGGUUGUGGUUAGAAGACCUUUGGUGGCAAAACUUACAAAGCACAUAGUUGAAACCUAUCAAGAAUGCAAUCCCGACUUCAAGUAUACAGAUGAACUCAACCUUAAGAGGUUUUUAACAAGUCCAUCUGAUGGAGUGUUCAAUGAUGGCCAUGAUAAUGCAAAUUCGGAUCUUAUUCUUUCAGUAAAUUACGUCUUGGUCAAUUCUCAUACACAACGAAGAUACAUUGUGAAAGAUAUUCUUGGACACGGGACAUUUGGACAGGUUGCCAAAUGUUGGGUGCCUGAUACUAACAGUUUUGUAGCAGUCAAAAUCAUAAAAAAUCAGCCAGCUUACUAUCAACAGGCCUGGGUUGAAGUCUCAAUCUUGACUACGUUAAAUAAGAAGCUUGAUCCUGAGGAUAAGCAUCAUAUUGUUCGCAUUCAUGAUUACUUUGUAUUCCAGCGGCAUCUUUGUAUUUCUUUUGAAUUACUAGACACAAAUUUAUAUGAGCUGAUAAAACUUAAUAAUUUUAGAGGGCUAUCGUUGAGCAUAGUACAGCUCUUCUCAAAGCAGAUUUUGCGUGGGUUGGGACUGAUGAAAGAUGCUGGUAUUAUCCAUUGUGAUCUUAAACCGGAGAACAUUCUUCUGUGCACAAGUAUGAAACCAGCAGAAAUUAAAAUUAUUGACUUUGGAUCUGCCUGCAUGGAGGAUAAGACUGUCUACUCUUAUAUUCAGAGUCGUUACUACAGGUCUCCAGAAGUUCUUCUUGGCUAUCAAUAUACUACCGCCAUUGACAUGUGGUCAUUUGGAUGCAUUGUUGCUGAGUUGUUUCUAGGCCUCCCUCUAUUCCCUGGAGCUUCAGAAUUUGAUCUUCUAAGAAGGAUGAUUCGUAUACUCGGGGGUCAACCCCCUGAUUAUCUACUAAAGGAUGCAAAAAACACGAACAAGUUCUUUAAGUUUGUUGGAAGUGUCGAUCAUGUAGAUGCUGGACAUGUUUCCAUGGGAGGAAAAAGUGCUUAUCAAGCAUUAUCUGAGGAAGAAUAUGAAGCAAGGGAGAAGAAAAAACCUAUGAUUGGAAAAGAAUAUUUUAAUUAUAUGAAUCUUGAAGGAAUUGUUGCGGCCUAUCCUUACAAGAAAAAUUUACCCGAAGAAGACAUAAUCAAAGAGAGGCAAAUACGGUUAGCUCUUAUUGAUUUUCUAAGGGGGCUUGUGGAGUUUGAUCCUGAAAAGCGAUGGUCUCCAUUUCAGGCUUUGAAACAUCCUUUUGUGACUGGAGAGCCAUUCACAAGCCCUUAUAUACCUGUUUCUGAGACUCCUCGUGUGCCGGUUAGCCCAGUUUCACAAAAUUUCAAGGUGGACCAUCAUCCUGGGGGAGGGCACUGGUUUGCAGCCGGUCUCUCUCCACAUGUUUCUGGUCGUACUUUAUCAAUGCAUGCUUCUCCACACAUUCAGAUGCAACCGUAUGCACAAAGCAGUAGUUAUGGUAGCUUAGGAAGCCAUAAUAGUUAUAAUGAUGGUAAUAUGCUUGGAAGUAGCUACGGGAGCUAUGGGGAUAAUUUUAAUACAUUUACAUACUUUUCACCCGGUUGCCAAUCUACGAUGAAUGUUCAUACUCAAGGUAGUAAGGCAAUGGUCGGAAAUAGCCCUGAUACAAGGUGGAAAAUUUAUCACCGGCCACAAGGCCCACAUGGACUUGGUGUUAGUCCAUCUGCAGGAAAUUUUGCACCAUUUCCGCUUGGAGUUAGUCCUUCACAGUUUACUCCGCCAAGCAGUUUCACUCAGAAUUCUGGCUCACCUGGAUAUUAUAGUGCUGCAUCUCCAGCAAGGGGAAAUUGUCAAGGGUCUCCUCUCGGAAAAGGUAUUGCUGUUAGCAAUUUUAACCGGAGAAAAAGUUGGGGACAUUCCGGAAAUAUACAGUCUCAAGAAGGUACAUCCUCUGCGCAUUGUCAAGGACACUUGAGUGGAGGUCUUUGCUUCAGUCAAGGUGAGGGCAACACACAGUCACAGGUACCUGGUGGUCCACUGCAUAUACCUAUAAACUCUAACAUGUCAAGUUGGAAGCCGCCAUCUGGUAGUAGUAAUAUCAGUACUGAUAACUCUUUUUCCCACAUGCCAAUUUCUGGUUCGCAUGGUUCAAGCCUUCAAUUUUCACAAAUUAAAAGACCUGUGGAUGAAAAGCUUGAUGUAACAGCAUUGCCUGAUCCUGGCGAUUGGGAUCCAAACUAUAGUGAUGAAUUACUGCUGCAAGAGGAUAGUUCUGAUGUGAGCAGCAUCACUUCUGAGUUUGGUAAAGCGGUGAACAUAGAUCAAGCUACGGCAUCACCACAAACUUUAGGUUUUGGAACAUACAGCCAUGAUUCAAAUGCAGUUACUAAUGCAAUGUGGAGGCCCAGUGGUCCUGUUCAAGCCUUUUCAAAACCAGAUAUGAGCAGCCCACCUGCUCACAAUCUGCCUCUUGGAUAUGGUCGUUCAAUGUUAAGGGCACCACAAUAUAUGUCACAAUUGUCACCGACCUCCCUAAGUCGUUUGGGGCAGCCGCCUAUUCAGCGUACGAAUCAUGGGAGAUCAUCUGUUACGUAUGGGAAUGAGGGGAUUAAUAUGAGGCCACAUCACAAUUCUUAUAGCUAUGAUCCGGGAUAUCCACAUAACAGCAUGCCAUGGGGUCAACAUUGGGGGGGAAGAAGAUAGAUACAAUACCGUUCUUUUUGAUAGCCCUUGCCCUUGUUUGGUAGGUCGCAGAACAAACCAUCCAAUCAAUAUUCCACCAUCACAAGGAAGAAACGACAUUGGAAGGAUAUCAUGAGAUUCAUGACCUUGCAACUGCCCACAAUUCACUUCCAUUAUAUUCCAUGGAGCUCGCAAGAAAGCUCCACUUUACAUGCUUCCUUUGUGAGCUUGUGCUGUAGAAUUUCCCAUCCUGAACGUGCUCAUUCAUUGUCUUGGGCUAUUAUCUGUUUCAUUUAUUCAAAUUUUGGAAGUAAAUCUUCUGGUUUGCUUUAGUGGUGUUCCUUCUAUUGUUUUCUCUUAUGCAAUGUGCAUCAUUUUGAGUGAAGGCAAAGUAAUUACAAAUGUCUCCCCACAAGUCUAAAAAUAUGUUGAACAUAUCUAACUGUUGUCAAAUGAGCCAAGCAGGUGAAAGCAUCCGUUUUUCAUUAACUGUACGGUCACGCUGAGGCUAACUUGACAGUGCUCUCAGUAUGUUAGCUAUCAGUGGUCCAUCAUCAGUUGACCGUAGAAUUCCAGCAUCUCCCGGCUUUACAUCAGUUUGGAUAUCCGGGGAGCUCAAAAUCUAAUGUAGAAGAUUGGUUCCUUCGAUACUUUUUGGCCGUUCUGAUUGAAAUACAUGCAUGUUAAUUUGACAUAGAUGCUGCAUUGCUUUGCGUCUCCUCACCACCAAGCUCUUACUUUUGAGACUUCAAAAUUGGCAGGACUUGUGCUUUCUAUAUUAAUUAAUACUGAUAUAGAGGAGAUUUGAUGCAUGCUAGAAGCAUAAUAUUGUUUGUUCUGUUUGUGUGAAAAUUUUGGAAAGCAUAGCAAACUUGUUUGAUGGGUAGCAAGGCAAACCUUACCAGUUCAUCGCGAUUCAUUUACUUCUUGUUGGCAUGUACUCCGUAGUAAGGCAAACUUCUGAAAUGAAAUUGAUAUCAGCUACUUUGUGUAUGAUUAUAGACUACUAGGCUUAGUAGUGGUUGGAAAAUUGAUGUCAACUCCUUUGUGCUUGUUGGUUGAAUUUUGGCCAUUAACAGUAUUGGGAAAAAAAUAUUAGUGAAAACUUCUAAAGUUGGAUAUAAUAUUAUCACGACUCUUUGUGAUGCA